UUCUUACACUUGACAGUACUCACUUUCACAACAUAGACAAUAUUUUUUUUUCGACGCUUGUAUGUCCCACUCGUUGUUAUUAUAUUUCAGUGGUUCUACUUUUUAGCCUAUGACUUGGGUGUAUUAAUUAGCCUUAACAUACUUAGCUGUCGCAGGUGUGAAUGGGGCUCAAAGGGUAAAGGCACUGUCUUGAGGGAGGUUAUCUUUGCCACGCGCAGGAUCUUCGGAUAGUGAGUUACACCACCAACUAUCAAAGUGCAGAAACCUGUCGCAGUGAUAGCGAGCAGUAGGCUAUUUCUUCUUAUUUCUAAAAGCGAGUUAUUCAGGGGGGCUGCUGCAUCGAUUUUACAGUUACAAAGAUAACCAACUGAAACGGGGCUUACGCCAACGGUGUAUGGAACUGCUGUAGGUAAUGAAAUGACAUACUUUCUCACUUUUUCCCCACUGCUCCUGAGCGUCCUGUUGCUACUGCUCAGCGGCAUCAUCACGCCUGCAUACACAGAUGAUGUGUGUAGCUGCACCGGAAAGUCCAGGUGUCACUGUGAUGGAGUAAAAGGCAGUAAGGGUGAGCCUGGGUAUCCAGGUUAUGAUGGGUUGCCAGGAGUGGUUGGUUAUCCAGGUUCUGAAGGUAAUCCUGGACCUUUUGGCCCUAAGGGAAAUCUUGGCUUUCCUGGAUUGUCAGGACCCAAAGGCUCACUGGGUCUCCCUGGGAAACCUGGGUUCUCUGGACCACCUGGGCAGCCAGGAAUCCCAGGAAAUGAAGGACCAAUGGGGCCAUCAGGAACCCCAGGAUGCAAUGGGACGAAGGGGGACAGUGGAUACCCAGGGUUACCUGGGGUGCCGGGACCUGUUGGAUUACCAGGUGUUCAUGGAUUGCCAGGAUUUAAGGGAGACUCCUACUACUUCCCACCCGCUGCUGAGGUUGAUGGACAUCUUGGACCACAAGGGAGAGAUGGUGUCAAGGGUCAGCGAGGGUUACCUGGACGGCCGGGUCUUCCUGGGCUGGAGGGACCGAGCGGGACUCCAGGAUUACCUGGGUUAACAGGUGUACAGGGAGAGAAGGGCCAGGAAGGUCCAAGCCCUGUAAUUCCAGGCCCAAGAGGUCAAAAGGGUGACCAAGGCCCUCCCGGGAUACCUGGACAGAAGGGCAUAAAGCUGUAUGCAGAGGGACCCAAGGAACUGAAGGGGGAGCCAGGUGAUACAGGAGAGAAGGGGUGUACAGGCCAGCAUGGUCUCCCUGGGCGUCGUGGAUAUAAAGGGAACAAAGGCGACCAAGGAGAACCUGGGGCUCUGGGGAAACCUGGGAAAGAUGGGGACCCUGGGACCUAUGGAAUUCAGGGUGAGAAAGGUGAUGUGGGCUACCAGGGACCUCCUGGAACAGAAGGUUCAAUGGGUGACAAAGGUGACCGCGGACCCACAGGUCCUCCAGGGGAUUUGAUUCAGAUCAAUGGGAGAAUCAAAGGCUUGCAGGGUUUUCCUGGGCCCCUCGGACCCCCUGGCUAUACUGGUAAUCAAGGUGUGAUUGGUUUUCCUGGAAUGAAGGGGGAACCAGGGUUGUCUUUCCCUGGGGCCCCUGGGAAUCCUGGUCCCCCUGGUUUAGCUGGGGAUAAAGGGGAGAGGGGGGAGCCUGCCCCCUACAUAAUUGGCCCCCCUGGACCCACUGGCCCCCCUGGAAAUGAUGGCCCCAUAGGCGACCGUGGUCCCCCUGGAAUUCCAGAUCUGUUGAGAGGCAACCCUGGACCACCCGGUCCUAAAGGCAUCAAAGGCAUCUCAGGACAACCAGGAGAUAGAGGCGGGUUCGGAGAAACAGGUGAGAAGGGUGAUGUCUGUCGACUCUGCAUGCACACUAAUGUGAGCCCUGGACCACCAGGACCUGCCGGAGAGCCUGGUAGGCCUGGAGAUACAGGUCGAGAUGGUGAUCCUGGAUCCAAGGGAUCUAGAGGAGUCAAAGGUCUUGGAGGUCCACCAGGUCCACAGGGUCCCUAUGGUAUACCAGGUGUGCCAGGUUCUACAGGACCCAAGGGCGACAAAAGUCCCAUGUCCCCAGGAGACAGGGGGCCUGUUGGCUCACCUGGGGCUCCAGGAGUUCCUGGGAGCGAUGGGACUGACGGGGUCCCUGGAUACCCAGGACUGAAAGGCCAGCCUGGGCUAAAGGGCAACCCUGGACCUCCGGGGCCCAAGGGUGAUCGGGGCGAUGCCGGCUCUCAGGGUAUACAUGGACGGACAGGCCAGAUGGGGACUCAGGGCCCCCCAGGUGUGGGGCCCCCAGGGAGCCCUGGACAGAAGGGCAACCUGGGGGUGCAAGGCCUGCGAGGGAGACCUGGAGAUCCAGGAGAGAAAGGCUCAGCGGGUGAGACGGUAACAACCACAGGAGACCCAGGACUGAAGGGAGAGAAGGGUCAUCAAGGCAACCCAGGACCUUCAGGGAAUCCUGGUAUAAAUGGCUAUCCUGGCUUCCCUGGCAAUUUCGGCGCCAAGGGGGAUAGAGGUCUGUCUGUCCGGGGCCCUCCUGGCAACACUGGGCCUAAAGGUGAGAAGGGCCAGCCGGGGGUUGCUGGUGCCCCAGGGAUUGGUAGUAUGGGACGACCAGGACCAUCCGGAGCUCCCGGGAUGCCAGGCCCUAAGGGUGAUUUCAGACCAGGGCUCCCAGGGCUGCCAGGUAGACCAGGCCCCCCAGGGGAGGAUGGUUCUCUGGGGCUGACUGGAGACUCUGGUCUGCCUGGGCUUGGUAGAUCGCCUGGCCUACCAGGAAGAGAUGGUCCACAGGGAGACAGAGGCAGUAAAGGUGCUGAGGGCUUGCCUGGUCUGCCUGGGGUUGCUGGGGAGUGUACGCUAGGCAUUCCAGGCACUCCGGGGGCUGUAGGUCUCAAAGGAAUCAUUGGUUUAACAGGGACCAGAGGACAGAAGGGGGUGCAGGGCGAUUCAGGUCUGCCUGGCAGAGGGGCCCCAGGAUUGAUUGGUCCGUUUGGACGGCCCGGGUUUGAUGGACCCCCGGGACCUGGGGGGGUUGCCGGCCUGAAUGGAUUCAGAGGAAGAGAUGGUGUACCUGGGGUACCAGGCCUGAGAGGAGACAUGGGGCCAUCAGGAGCGUGUGGUACACCAGGAGCAGACGGAGGCCCAGGACCAGGGGGACGACUUGGCCCUAAAGGUCUGAUGGGUGCUGAUGGGGUGAAGGGCCGUGUAGGAGCCAGGGGACCUGUGGGAGAUUCUGGGGCUCCUGGAGAUAUUGGAGUCACAACAUACAUCGAGGUCCCUGGGGACCCUGGGGACCCAGGACCUACAGCUCUAAGGGGCUUAACAGGUGCCAAAGGAGAUCAAGGUGUGAUAGGGCACAAUGGAGCCAGUGGCAAGGAUGGGAUUCCCGGGAGCGCCGGGCCGCAAGGUGCUGUUGGCGACCAAGGCAGAGAUGGCCAGAAAGGAAGUCCUGGUUUCAAUGGAAAUCCUGGAGUCGCAGGAGAUAUGGGUGUGCCAGGUGUAAAGGGUGAGAAAGGGGGAACAGGAGGUCGUGGAGAGCCUGGUUCAUCGGGAAGACCAGGUCCAAAUGGAGUAAAUGGAGUGAAAGGAGAGCCCAGCCUCCCUGGACCAGGAGCUAAAGGACGACAAGGAGAAAAGGGAGUGCCAGGGUUUCCAGGUUUUCCAGGAGAGAAGGGGGAGAUGGGUGUAGCAGGGAGGUUCGGAACCCUGGGGGCCAUUGGCCCCACAGGACCCAAGGGAAGAGAAGGACUACAGGGAUCACGAGGACCUCCGGGACCAGCCGGGGAAAAGGGCAUUAAUGGUCUCCCAGGCAAUGCUGGCUGUCAUGGCCAGAAUGGCCUUCAAGGGAGCCCAGGAUUGGCUGGUGACCCAGGGACUGCAGGCCCCAGAGGUUCCCAGGGUAGAGACGGCAUCCCUGGCCCAGCAGGAGAGAAAGGAGACAUGGGAGCCCCUGGCAUUGGACCAAAAGGCACAGACGGACAGACGGGCCAAUCUGGACUUAAGGGGGAUGUGGGGAUACCUGGCCGCUUUGGCCCUCCUGGUCCCUCAGGGCUUUUGGGGGACAUUGGACCUCCAGGCCCCCCUGGUCCUAUGGGACUGUCUGGAAGUCCUGGCCGGGAUGGAAUGUGCUUUGAAGGGCUAAAAGGAGACCGUGGACAAAAUGGUGUCCCUGGACCCCAAGGUAUGCAGGGGCCACGGGGACCUCCUGGUCCACCAGGACCUGGCUUUAAAGGAGAUAAAGGGAACAAAGGUGCCAUGGGUCUCCUGGGUACACCUGGGUACAGAGGAGACACAGGGGUACAGGGCAGACCGGGUAAUGAUGGCAGACCAGGUGGUUUGGGAGUCAAAGGGGAGAUGGGACAGUUAGGAGACAUCGGACCAAACGGUCAGAAAGGAGAUGCAGGACCUGCCGGACCUGUAGGUUGCCUUGGACAGAAAGGGCAGUCUGGAGCACCAGGGCCUAGGGGGAAAGAUGAUCUCACCAUGGUCGUACUGAUCCCCGGAGAACAAGGGCUGCCGGGUGACCUGGGGGGCAGAGGAGAGCCUGGACCCACAGGAGCUCAGGGACGCAACGGACCACCAGGACUCCCAGGUCCAAAAGGUGUCUUGGGCCUAGAUGGGCCAAUAGGACUGCCUGGAUUCCAGGCAGCCAAGGGAGACAGAGGGUUCCCUGGACCACAAGGUAUCCAAGGUGAGCAGGGGACUCCAGGAGCCAAAGGCCCCCGGGGCUCUCCAGGUCCUUACUUUGCCGGGCCAAUAGAGGACGGCUUCCUAUUCACCCGUCACAGCCAGAGGCAGAAUGUGCCCCAGUGCCCAGGGGGCAGCAACUUCAUCUACUCCGGAUACUCCCUCCUCUUCAUCAACGGCAACAACAGAGGUCAUGGCCAGGAUCUGGGUACACUGGGAAGCUGUCUGCCUCGUUUCUCUACCAUGCCCUUCUUAUUCUGCAACACGGACAGCACGUGCCGCUACGCCUCCCGUAACGACUACUCCUACUGGCUGUCCACGGAUGAGGCCAUGCCAAGCGACAUGGCCCUCAUCUCUGGUGGUUCACUGGAGAGCUAUGUCAGCAGGUGUGCAGUGUGUGAGACCAAAGCAAACAUCAUCGCUGUUCACAGUCAGACCAACCAGAUCCCUGUUUGUCCACGGGGCUGGCUCUCUCUCUGGGCUGGCUACUCUUUUGUCAUGCAAACAGGGGCUGGAGCGGAGGGCUCUGGCCAGCCCCUGGCCUCUCCGGGCUCCUGCCUAGAAGAGUUCCGGAAGAUUCCCUUCAUUGAGUGCCAUGGGCGAGGGACAUGCAACUACUACACUGACUCCUACAGUUACUGGCUGGCCUCCCUGGACCCCGAAAACAUGUUCAGUAAACCCAGGCCUCAGACAGUGAAGGGAGACUGCCCGGGUAGUAUAGUCAGUCGUUGUCAGGUCUGUAUGAAGCAAUGGCAGCGACCCUAAGAGCUGAAGAACUGAUGGGGAAUGAACUGGAGAUGCACCUCCCACUAUCAGCCACUGUAGGGCAACAAAGAGAUUGAUUCAUUCUUGCAUUUCAAUCAUGGUGCUUCCUGGGAGACCAAAGGAUGUCUCAGUUCUUACAAGUGCUGAUCCUCGUUUCCAUGUUUCCUCCCCUCCAGUCCUCUCCUCGCCUCACUUUGACGUUUUCAGCAAGGGAAGGACAGAAGGAGAGCGCACAAGGAAACUAGGAAAUACUAUUGAGAUGCAACCCAGUAGUGGCCUCUGCUCAAUCUGCCGUUUUGUUCUCAGUUUUACGGCUUGUCUGUAUUUUGUUUGUAUUGUUAAACCACUGGACUGUUUUACGGUAGAUGGUCAGUGUGAUCCAGGGCUAGAUUCAAUCAGUUCAGCAUUAAGCCGUGAUAACCGACAACUGCUUAGCAUAAUCAUGCGAUGAAGGAGGUGUAACUGCGUUGGAGCCGAUGGCACUAUCAAAUUCAUGUUUUUUGAUAGCUCCAAAAGUUAAUAUGUUGUCACGUGCUAGCAAAGCAGAGGUCCUGGGUUUGAGCCUCAGUGUGAGACAAAUCAGGAGGAAGUGGUUCUUGCUAAUCAAGCAGUGUGAUGUCAGUAGCAGUGGUGGCGUGACCCGGAUGCACAGUUGGGCUUAGGUCGACAGCUGGGGUCACUCUCUUUCAAGCGAGUUUAGAAGGGUUGAGGUUGGAAGUUUACAUGCACUUAGGUUGGAGUCAUUAAAACAUUUUUUCAACCACUCCACACAUUUCUUGUUAACAAACUAUAGUUUUGGCAUCUACUUUGUGCAUGACACAAGUAAUUUUUCCAG